GACAAAAACCGAUCCAGAACUGAUGGUGGAAACAAUGGCAAGGAGCAAAAGAAAGACCAUGAGGCUCAUCAGCAGGAAAAGAAACAAAAGGAAGCAGAAGAUGAGUUGAAGAAGGUGAAACAAAUGCUGGAAGAGUAUGAGAAAGAGAAGUCCAGCAAGCUGCGUCGGACUGCUUCAGUGUGUGUUUCUUUGGACUUGAGCAGCGAUGAGAAUGAACAUGCUGAAGAUGAUUGCAUUUCCACACCUGGCUCACCGCAGUCCAGUGAACCAACAGAGCUGAUGGAUGAUUCUGAUGGUCAUGGUCAUGCAGAGGAGGGUGAGGGUGAGGGUUCCUAUGACAAGACAGAGUCAGCAGAG